AUGAGCUGCUUGCAGCUGCUCCCCGUGCUGCCCGGCUCCCCCAGCAAGGCCCGCGGGCAGAUCCAGGUGAUCCUCGGACCCAUGUUCUCAGGGAAAAGCACUGAGCUGAUGAGGCGGGUCCAGCGCUUCCAGAUUGCCCAGUACAAGUGCCUGGUGAUCAAGUACGCCAAAGACACUCGGUACAGCAGCAAGUUCUCCACGCACGACCGGAACACCAUGGAGGCGCUGCCGGCCUGCCUGCUGCAGGACGUGUAUACGGAGGCCAUGGGCGUGGCCGUCAUCGGCAUCGACGAGGGGCAGUUUUUCCCGGACAUCGUGGAGUUCAGCGAGAACAUGGCCAACAACGGGAAGACGGUCAUCGUGGCUGCGCUGGACGGGACCUUCCAGAGGAAGGCCUUCGGGACCAUCCUGCACCUGCUGCCGCUGGCGGAGAGCGUGGUGAAGCUGAGCGCCGUGUGCAUGGAGUGCUUCCGGGAGGCCGCCUACACCAAGCGGCUGGGCCAGGAGAAGGAGGUUGAGGUGCUUGGAGGAGCCGACAAAUACCACGCCGUGUGCCGCGUCUGCUACUUCCGGAAGGCGCCGGGCCACGGGGAAGACAAGGAGAACUGCCCGGCGCCGGGAAAGCCGGGGGAGGCCAGGCCUGGCGAGGCUGUGGGGGCCAGGAAGCCCCUGUUCCCUCAUCAGACCCUGCAGUGCAGCCUGGCCAACUGA